AUGAAUUUCUUCUCAAAGGACUUGACUGGUGGAGAAUUCACAAGUUUUGGGGAUAGGAUUAUCUCAGAGUUAGAUGUGAUUGACUACUGGAACGAUUUCCCCGAUGGACACAAAGCCAACACAACUCUGGAGUUUGUUGAUACUAUAGACACGCCACAGAAGGAAUAUAUUGAAGAUAGAGGGGAUUGUGGAGUAUUCGUAUGCAUGUUUAUGGAAAUGAUUGUUUCAGGGGUACCGGUGAAGAUUGAUAAGCCACGUAGAGAUGCGGGAUUUCUCUACAGAAAUAGGAUGACAAAUAUUAUUUGGAAUACUAUAUAA